AUGGUGGCUAGAAAUCAGCAGUCUAAAGGACAACAUGAGAUUGAAUAUUGUCCAGGAUAUGUGGAUGAACAUGGUCAGUGGAACAAUGGGUUUUAUUGCCCUAAGUGGUCAUCAAAGCCAAACCAGCAGUAUUGCUGUGGCUCCCAGUAUAAGCGUCACUGCUGCCCUCCUGGUGAGUCCCCACAAAGGGUCACACAGCAGGCCCUAACUACCUCAGCAUCCUCAAAAACUACCACAGGAGUUGCAACAAAAGCCUUGACCACACCACUUACCACAGUUAGUGUUACUUCUGUGGCAUUAUCUUCACCAAUCCUUGAAAACAUUCCGUUGAUCGUGGGGGUGGCUGCAGGAGGAGUUGUUCUAUUGGUCCUCCUGAUUAUCAUCUGCUGCUGCGUAUGUCCAUGUUGCCCAAUGAGAAAACAUGGUCGCGACAAAGGCGUCCCACCUGAUGACGAGAAAUCAGUGGAAAGAGAAAGAGAGCGGCGGAUAAGUGAUGUAUCAGACAUUUCCCUUCAGCGACCUUUGACCCCCAGCUACCGUAGUGAGUCCCCAACAAACCAGGAGAUGACAGUGAUCCCCACCUGUUAUACUGAUUCGGACACCAUGUCUGGCAGCAUCCCCCUGUCCAGAACCAAACACUCUCCAUAUAAAACAGGUGUGGUGGUGGGAACAGUACCUCCGUAUGUCCGUGAGGAACCUCCGGCUUACCCCGAGGAAGUAAUGGAGACUCUGAAACCCCUGAUGUAUGGACAGUUUUGCUGUGGCCAAAGGAACUGUCCGAAAUGCCAGAAUAUGAGACUACAAGAGGUGUGUCCUAUGGAAGUGGAGAUGGACCCACACCAGCACUGUAUGACCAGUCCUCUGUCCAACUCUGUGUCCAGUUUGCACAAGCAGAACUAUGGCCACCUAAAGCAGGGUCGUUAUGUCCGGCCGCUCACACCUGUGCUCACCCCUCAGGGAUAUCGUCACUUCCAGAUACAGAACCGCAGCAACAUAAUGUGACUGAGGAGAAGGAUCAAGGUAGAACACACCUGGGGGACCUCUGCCGGUAACCAUUCAAGCAUUACUGACUCAUGGAUCCUUGGAUUCUCUAGGAUCAUUAGGAUCAGGUGCUAGCUAACACCUGUUCCCUUUGAUUCAAGAUUACAGUGUGGUCAUGUUGUCAGCAAAUUGGGCAGCUAGGAGAUAAACCAGCACUGGAUCAUCUCUUGUAUGAACAUUUUGACCUGAAUGAAUUAUGUUGGCAAGUCAUCUGAGAAAUAGAGAUAUAUCAUUCACAGGCGUGUGAGACAUUCAUAAACUUUUUUGCAAGUGGAUGAACUCUUCUGAAAACAUGGGUUGCAAAAAGUACAGAAUGGUUUUCUGUGCCUUGAACUUUGCCAAAGACUUUUGCUUCUCUCAAAGGACUAUUUGAAAGAAGUCAUUUCAGUGUCAAUCCAGAAAUUCGGCCUGGACAUCAAUGGAGUUUCAUAUGCUGCUCCCUGCAUGGAAGCCAUAUUGUCUUAAAGUGGACAUAAAACAUAAAAGCCUGCCAUUAUAUAUACAUGACAAAAAUUAUAUAGGACACAGUUAGCACAGCAAAUAAGUUUUGAAAGCCGAGAAGAUGAAGUUCAGCAUUAGGGAUAUGGCAUUGACAGACAGUUGACUCCAAGUAGCCAUGUUGUAGAAGUCUUUAUAAACUUGGCCACUCACUAGCACUGAAAGCAUGAUGUGAUACUUGGCUGUCAUGUCAAAAAAACCUAUUAGCUCUCCAUUGUCAGUGUGGUUUUGUAUAGUGAAUAGACAGAUGUCGAUGCAGUAAAUUAGAUUUUGUUAUUAGUUCAAGUGUUUAACCGAUGCGUUUUGAACCACACAUUAUGAGGAGGGACCUGAGAAUGGCUGCUCAUGUCACAAUGCAUACACGUUGUGCAGGAUACUGCAGUAACUUGUCAGGGUGAGCUGGCAAGAAACUGCCUUGGGAGAGCCAUUGCUUGAACGAAAAUAUUGUGACUUUUCAUUAUUUUUCCUUAGCAAAGUCAGAUUUGUCACGAAAAUAUCUUCCCAAAAUCUGAAUGAAAGGGUCUGUUAUCAGUCAAAAGGUCAUACAGUGUUCGAUAAAUUCCCAGAAGUCGGUACAGCCAGCUAGACCAAAUGCUUACACCCAUGCAGGAUGAGCAUGAGCAGGGUUGUUAAAACACUACGCUUGUGUUCACGAACAUUGCCCUGACUGAGCACCAAUCUAAAAUAAACAUUUGCCCUUUGAACACGGAACAGAGCUGAUACUCUUUUGGUUGGGUGUCAGGCAUUUUUGUUUGCAUUUUCUCAUUUCACACUGUUUAACACAGAUGGUGCGGGAGAGCUUCUAGGUUUGUGACAUCACUCUCAAUAGCUAUAACAUGGCGUCAUCAAAUGAGUGGCUUGGUACUGACGAUUGUUUGCUAUUUACUUUGUUGACAAGUGGUGUAGAAUUUUUAAAAUAUUUUUAGAACAUUUCUGGAAUACUACUUUAUCAAUUUAUUCAGCUUUAUUGGCUGACUUAUGUUCACCUUAAGUACGAAUAUUCGUACUAUUUGUCAUAGUGGAUGGUAUGUGUUACUUGCAUUUUUGAAUGUAGGAGAAAAGUGUUUUCCAGGACUAGAGAGCUACACGAUAGUCCCUAGGAAAGAGCACUUAUUACCUGUAACCAUAAUUAUACAUUGCACAGUUGAUGAGGCAUUAUGCAACACAAGGAUUUUUACCCCUUCUGUUCAUCUUUAUAUGGCUCAUUUUGUAUACUGGAAACUGCUUCCUUACUAUUGAUUGUAUUAUGUAGUCAGUGGUGUGUUGUCUGGUAAAGGGUUUGUUCGUGGUUCAGUUUUGAAUGAUGUGCUAUAGAAACUACAUUUACUAUUUUUAUCGCAAGUACAUGUGUGUAUAAUCUUUGUUCAAAUAUCUUACAGUUUUUGAACAGUUAAGUUUUCUUUUGAAGACUAAAAUUUUUCUUGGAUUGGUCAGAUCUUGCAUUUUGGUUGGUGCUCAUAUAAAACUGUCUUUUAUUAUACAUCUCAGGAAUAAAUCUGCCAUAAUUGACCACAAAAUACAUAAGGAAAUUAAAGGUGCUAAUAUGUAACAGAUGCAGAUCUCAAACUUUUCAUCAAACUAAUAAAUAAAUUUGUUCAUAGUUCUUUGGCUGAACCAAAGCAUGCAGGCAAUUUGGUAACAGUGCUUCUUCAGAUUUAUUUACUGACAUACCAUUAAAGGGCCGAACUUUCAUCAUAAGGUAGUGACUAAAAAUACACAGUAAUUUGCAGAUUUAACUGCUUAGCAGCGGCACUGUGCAGAAAUGAUGCAGAUGACUGCUUUCAGACAUGUGUGAUGAAUAAAAGAUUAAUUUAAAUAAAAACCAUUUAUCAUGGCUCCACAGAAAAUGUUCUGCGACAUGUGAAUAAAGAU